GUCAAACGGAGAAUCGAAAGAGAGCAUUCACCCUCAUCCAAAGAGGUGAAAAACGGAAAGAAGGGGUUUCUUUUGGGUUGUGUAACCCCGCCCCAAAUCCCAAUCCCAAUCUCCCUCGUUCCCUCGCGUGGAAGGGAAGAGCCUCCUGUUUCCUUUCGAUAGAUCUCUCUCAUCGCUCCUCUUGGAGGCCCCGGCUAGAAGCAGAGGCGGAGGCGGCGGCAGCGAUGGCAGCGGAGACCGCGAGGUCGGGGGCGUCGGCGGACUCCUACAUAGGGAGCUUGAUAAGUUUAACCUCCAAGAGUGAGAUCAGAUACGAGGGCAUCCUCUACAGCAUCAACACCGAGGAAUCCAGCAUAGGCUUGAGCAACGUACGCUCAUUUGGAACUGAAGGGCGAAAGAAGGAUGGACCACAAAUUCCUGCCAGUGACAAAAUUUACGAGUAUAUACUCUUUCGAGGAAGUGACAUCAAGGAUUUACAAGUUAAGUCCUCUCCACCAGCUCAGCCAACACCUGUAAACAAUGAUCCUGCUAUAAUUCAGACACAUUAUCCUCGUCCUGCUUCUACCUCUACAAGCAUGCCUUUGGUUGGAAGUGGAAGUGUAGCAGAUCUUAGUUCCCAUACUGCUCAGUUGGGACUCCCAAGGUCAACAUUUCAAGGAAGUUUGCCUCUUUAUCAGCCUGGGGGAGGCUUGGGGACUUGGGGUUCUUCGCCCACCCCUCCAACUGCAAAUGGCUCUGGGCUUGCGAUGCCACCAAUGUAUUGGCAAGGUUAUUAUGCCCCAUCUGGUGGGCUUCCUCAUUUGCAGCAACCGUCAUUGCUCCGGCCACCUCCAGGAUUGCCUAUGCCUCAUUCCAUGCAGCAUCCUUUUCAAUAUCCUGCAAUGAACCCAUCUUUACCAUCCGGAUCCCAAACUUUGCCUGAGCUUCCUUUGUUUCCACAUGCUAGUUCAAACACAACUCUAACUUCGAGUCCCUUGCCAUCGGUGUUGGAUCCAUCUUCAACAAGCACAUUAUCUGUGGAAACAUCAUCAGCUCUGUUGCCUAAUAAAUCUCCUGCAACAACUACUCCUGUAUUAACCUUCAAUGUUAGUCUACCUUUGGUGCCUCCCUUGACUUCUAAUCUUGAGAAAACUGCAGCCAUGCCUCACAGUACUCCUGUUGUUAGUAGCAAGCCUGGUGCAGUACCUGGUUCAACCUUGGCAUAUUUAUCUGUUUCAGAGCCAGUACCCUCCUCUGUUGUUUCAUCUAGUUCAAGCCAAGUAGAAAAACCAGUGGCUUUAGUUAUGCCAGGUAAGUUAUUGCAGACUGGCCCUUCUGUGCUUCCUUCAUCCCAGCCUUUGCAGACAAGCCGGAUGGAUGCUGAUUGUAAAGCACUUGAAGAUAAGUCUAAGCCAUUGCUCCCUGAACCAUCACUUGCUGCAGCAACGGAAGCCAAGGAACCAAUAUUGCCAUUGCCAAAAUCAACCAUUCAGAAGCUAAAUGGCGCUACUUCACACAAUUAUUAUAGCCGAGGCCGUGGAAGAGGAAGAGGAAAUGAGUACUCACGACCUGCGACUAAGUUCACUGAAGAUUUUGAUUUUAUGGCAAUGAAUGAAAAGUUCAACAAAGAUGAAGUCUGGGGUCAUCUUGGAAAAAAUAAAGCCCAUGUUAAGGACAGGGAUGGAGAACUACAAGAAGAUGAAACUGAUGAUUAUCUGGAUGAAGAUGAUGAAGCACUAAAGCUUGAGAUCAAGCCUGUUUAUGUUAAGGAUGAUUUCUUCGAUUCACUUUCUUGCGCUACCCUUGAUCGGGGAACUCGGGGUGGGAGGACCAGAUUUUCAGAGCAGUUGAAAAUAGACACAGAGACCUUUGGUGAUUUUGCAAGGCAUCGAGCAAGUCGAGGUGGUGGGCGUGGCCUUCGAGGAGGUGGGCGUGGGCGAGGGUCCUACUAUGGAAGGGGCUAUGGAUACAUUGGUAGGGGCCGUGGUUAUGGUCACCCACAUCGUGCUUCCUAAGCUAGAAGCUUCUAGAAUUAAUGCUGGUGCCAGCAUGCUCCUCUUAGCUUAAUCGGAGAUGAAGAGACUGAUCAAUGGACAGAUCCAUGCUUGGAAUAUAAUUGUAGUUGGAGUUUGCUUUCAUGCUUUUGUCUAUUGCUCCAAAAAUAAGCAGAAGCGGCCACAAGAUGUGCGGUUUCACUUAAUAGUACUGAGAAAACAUCUUUGAUGUGGUUCUGAUGCAUCCGUUGCUAUUGUAGUUUUGUGUCACGUGGCAAAACCAUCUUUCUGCAAAGUUUAUCAUCAGUUUACUUGUGUGCUUUGCAUCC